UCAGACAAAAUGUGUAUUCGGUUGAGAGGGAGUGUGUGAAAGGGGUGGGAGGUCGGCUCAAGAUGGCGGCGUCGCUCAGUUGCAUGUGUCGCCGCUCAACGCUGGACCUCUGCAGGAAAAUCUUACGCUGCCGGCCUGCGACCAGUCGCAAAAGGUCCGCUUUGAAAAGUUGUGAGGUAAAACUCGGCUCUUCGCCGGCGUGUCGGACCCUGUCGACGGAAAGAGGCCGCGGGCCGAGCGGCGCCGGGGCGGGAGGCCUGGCUCAUGCGAUCCUGCAGGAGAAGCUGCAGCAGCAGGAACGGGCCAAAGAAGAGGCCGGCAGCGGGGAGCCAGGGGCUGGCAGCAGCGAUUCCGGCGCCGACCAGGAGCAGAAACAGAAGCAAAAUGCAGCCUAUGCCAAGAAAAUGGUGCUGAGACUGGCGGGACUGCUGGGGGCCGGCAGCGCCUUCGCGGUGGUCUACGUCUUCGGUAGCAAUUCAGUCGAUGAAGCUGGAAAUAAGAUUCCUGAUGAAUUUGAUAAUGAUCCUCCUGUCGUACAGCAGUUGCGAAGAACAUAUCGCUACUUCAAAGAUUACAGGCAGAUGAUAAUUGAGCCCACCAGUCAGAAGUUGUUGCCAGACCCCCUUAAAGAGCCAUAUUACCAGCCACCAUAUACUGUUGUGUUAGAGCUAACAGAUGUGCUUCUGCACCCAGAGUGGUCGUUAGUCACAGGUUGGCGGUUUAAGAAAAGGCCAGGUAUAGACUACCUAUUCCAGCAGUUGGCACCAUUGUAUGAAAUUGUUAUCUUCACCACAGAAACAGGCAUGACAGCCUAUCCGCUUAUUGACAGUGUAGAUCCACAUGGGUUCAUAAUGUAUCGAUUGUUCAGAGAUGCAACGCGGUAUAUGGAUGGUCACCAUGUAAAGGACGUGUCGUGUUUGAACAGGGAUCCUUCCAAAGUUAUUAUUGUGGACUGUAAAAAAGAAGCUUUCAGCCUCCAGCCGUUCAAUGGUAUUGCACUAAAGAAAUGGGAUGGAAAUUCUGAUGACCGAACCUUGUAUGAACUUGCAGCAUUCCUGAAAACAAUUGCAAUGAAUGGAGUUGAAGAUGUAAGAACUGUACUGGAGAACUAUGCUCUAGAAGAUGAUCCAAUUGAAGCAUUUAAGAAGAGACAAGAACUGUUAGCGCAGGAAGAACAGCAGAGAAUAACUGAGCGAUCACAGCAGAAAUCUUCUGGCCUCUCCUUGGGAUCUUUGACAAGCAAACUAUGGCAGCGGUCCAAACCACAGUAACAAGCCUGACUUCCAGUCCUACCCUCCUACUGUAUUAUCUAGAAAAGUCUGACCUAUUACUCCAAACUGGAGCGAGCACGGUGGUAUUCACCGCAAGAUUCUGCAUAUGGUGAAAGCUGUUACCGGAUCGAUUCUGGUUAAAAAAUUUCAUACAGUGCUAGCUCUUUGGCUGGUAGGGUUAGACGUGUGGCCACGCAGAGGUGGAAUAAUGAUCAUUAUUACCCAUGACAAGUCCUGAUAUUGGCUGCCAUCUUAAACAUACUGGCUUGAUUUAAAUACCAAGGCAAAGUCGCAUUUGAUCCACUGUCUUUAGCUUGUGUUUUAAUUAAUUGGAAGAAUAGAUUUUUUUAAACUGUUUGUUUUUUUUUCCACAAGCCUGCAGUUAAACUGUGAUUACACCUCGGGGUGGGGAGAAUCCAAUUGUCUUAUCAUUGUGAAGAGUACUACUAAAUGUACCAACUAUUAAAACUGCACACAGAUUUUUA